AUUUGUAAGUUUAUCACAAAUGUAUAGGUACAAACAAUAUUAUCAAUAAAUAUUUAAAUUAAAUAAUUAAAAAAUACAUCCUAUAAUUGGUUCACGAAUUUCAGAUGUUAGUACGUUACAUGCCUAUUAUAUUGGGGAGUUAAGCAUCAGCAAGAUAGAUAUGAAUUUUAGUUUCUUAUAGUAGUAUACCUAUGGAGUAUUUAAUAAAAUCUUAAAAAUUCUUGGAAGAAUUAUAAAAUAUUAUUUUUAGAUAAAUUUUUAAAAUUAUAAUAUACAAAACAAAAUUAAUAUUGUUCGUUGGUAUACGACGGUAAAAAUAAAAAAGUAUUUAGGUAGUAUUGUGGAAUUAAACACAAAGAAAAAGUAUUUUGAAAGUAUUUGAAAUACUAAUUCACUAAUUACUAUAGUAUAUACAGCGCCGCUCUGCUUUCAACCAUGUGCAGACUGUCAUAUGGAUAUCCAUGGUAACCACUAACCAAUAAUGAUUAUUGAUUAUUAAUAAAUUAUUACUUAAUCGAUUUUAUGCACUGAAAGUCACAAUAAUAUAUUUGUCGAAUUUACACGUGUGUUAAACAACAAUUAUAAUGUUUCGAAAAUUUAUAUGGGCAAUUUUUUUCUAUGCAUUCCUUAACACUGUUAUGAAGACUGAAUGUGGUUUGAUAACUGACUUCAGAAAAUUUCGUGAAUAUACCAACAUAAGGUCAAAUGAUGCUGAUGAAAAGAGUGUCCAGGGAUUUCGACAAUCAGAAAGUAUGUGUUCAUCAUUAAACCGUAGUUGACAUAUUUCAUUAUUUUUAGACUAUCGCAUUAUUACUUCCUUUCAAACUUCUUUCAUUAAUUUGUAAUAGAAUUUUAAAAUAAUUAGUCACGAUUUAAUUUAUUUCAAUUAAUCGCAGAUCCGAAAGAUCAAAGUGUCCUUUUAAGUGUAUACGAAAUGUAGGUAUAGAAUAUUAUUAGGUACGAGUAUAUUAUGACAAUCAAACGCUUUCGAGACAAUAUCAGUUUCGUUGGUACUCUACAAAUUAUAAUUAAAAUGCACAAAGUAAAAAAAAUAACUUUUUUAUCUGACAUCGAUGAAUUGUUAAUUAUCAAACCCUAAUGCAGUAAAACACAUGCGAAAGUGUAUCAAAUAUUUUUUGAUCAUUAUUCUUAUAAACGAGCAAAGUGGUCGUACAAAAUACAAAUGAAUAAUUCAUAUUAUUAUCGCGAACUCACUACCUAUUCCAGAUUGUUUAAUGUUUAUAAGUUAUUACCGUCUUACGGUUACAUAUAUAAUUUUGUUAAGCUUAUAAUGAUUUUUAAAAUAUUAAAUAGACACAGCCGAGCAGGAUGAUCCAUUACAGCUGGUAAAACAAUUGAAAAAGAAUCAUCCCCGCAGAUUCACUGGAAAAACAUUGGGCAUGACUAUGACAACAAUUAUUACGACGGAGAAAUCGAAACGUCGGAAUGUGAAUGAGUUCAAGGGCAAGAGAGAAAAAGGAAAAUCGUUGAUUAAGGUGAUCGGACAUGAUGAUCGGCCAGUCGCGGCAGCCAUGGUACAGAGCACGGGUCCCAAAGACAUCGAUGGUAGAGCUGGUAACAGAGAUCAGCCGGCCGUGAUCGGCCAAUCUUCGUCAACCAGCUGCGGUACCAGGAGGUCAGUGGCUACAAUAACCCGGGUAGGCGAUCAGACGGCGGACCCUGACCGAAUAACGACGGCGUUCGUGCCAUUCACGCCCCGGACCCGAACCCAACCGCGACUGACUUCCACUGGCAGCAAGCGCACAACCAAUAAAUGGAAGUGCGACGAGGAGAUAGAGGACGAACCGGCGACGGACCAAUCAAAUGGCAUCGGGACGGUUUGGCAAGACUUCACGUUGCCCACGCGACUGCCCAAGUACCAAACGCCCAUAGACCCAGUGACCAAGUUGUUUCUGAAAAUGACGUCCAACGAUAGAUGGAGAAGAAGGCCCGCCGACAAAUGCAUCAAACCUUGCUAGUCACUGGAGCGAGAGCUGAUGUCACGUUCCUCAUCGUGAUUAACCUGCGUUUAGCCUGUUAGACGGUGCUCAACCACGCCAUCGUACUGACCACUCGUUCCACUGCCAUCCGAAAAAUUGUGCCAUAGGGCCACGACUACGGAUUAGCGAGAUCGUGUUUGGACGUUAUGAUAAGGAACGUAACAUCCACCAUUGCGGCGCCAUAAAAGCUUUGUCGCAUUUAUCAGUGGAUCAGGUCCUCAAACUGUGGAAUUGUUGGUCAGCUGGCCGUGGAGCAAGCAUAUUGGUACGACGACAGAUCCGUGACAGAUUACCGUCCAAAAGACCUAAGAGCAGGUUAAUUACGAUGGGGCACUUGACAUCGACUCUCGCAGAGCCACGGAAUAGGUUUGAUGCAUUUGUCACCGAGUCUUCUCCUCCAUCAGUCGGUGGACGUCAUUUGCAGGAACCACUUGGACGAAGGGCGUUGGGUACUUAGGCUGCAACACAAAAACUCGCCAUAAUGUCCCGAUGGUAUCUGACAGGUCCUCUCUCCAUAUCCUUGUGGAACUUUCACUUAUUUGUUGUGCACUUGCUGCCGGUGGAAGUCAGUCGAGGUUGGGUUCGCAGCUGGUUGACGAAGAUUGGCCGAUCACGGCCGGCUGACCUUUGUUACCAGCUCUACCAUCGAUGUCUUUGGGACCCGUGCUCUGUACCAUGGCUGCCGCGACUGGCCGAUCAUCAUGUCCGAUCACCUUAAUCAACGAUUUUUCUUUUUCUCUCUUGCCCUCGAACUCAUUCACAUUCCAACGUUUCGAUUUCUCCGUCGUAAUAAUUGUUGUCAUAGCCAUGCCCAAUGUUUUUCCAGUGAACCUGCGGGGAUGAUUCUUUUUCAAUUGUUUUACCAGCUGUAAUGGAUCAUCCUGCUCGGCUGUGUCUAUUUAAUAUUAAUACUAUUAAUUUUGUUGAAAAAAUAAAGAAACUUAUUUCUAAUUGCAUUUGAUUGUUUUCAUUCCAGUAAAAUUAAAUUUACAUUUAAGGGCGUCGGAGCCGGAGCUGAUGACUUCACAGGAAGAACUCUCACAUUCGAAUUUCGUUAAUUUUUUUUUUUUUUUUUUUAAGAAGAGAACAUUUUGCAGGUCGGAUCAUAGCCCGAUUUUCAAAAUUAUAAUUAUAGAAGCCUUUGAAUAAUGCACAAUAUUUGUAUUUUUCCAAACGUGUAUUUCUCUACCACUAUUUAAAUUAAAAUGAAAAUUCAGCCUUUGAUCCGACCUGAAAAAUGUACUCUUCUUUGAAUAAAAAUAAAAUUAACGAAAUCCGACUAUUCUAUAUAGGGCCUGAGAAUUGUUCCUGUGAAGUAAUUUUCAUUUAUAUAAUACACCGUAUCGACCUCCCAUCUAAAUAGGUAUGUAGAUUAGUGGAAAAAUAUUAUAAUUAAGGUAGUAACUAAAAUAUAAAAUAUAAUUUUCAAAUUGUUUAGAAUUUCGGAAAAUGGAAAAAUCCAGUACCGACACCCUUAAGACUAAAGUGAUGAAAUAAAUGAAUAUUAUUACUAUUAUAAUAUGACGAUACCUUGUUCCAAAAGAGAAGACAUCAGGCGGCCACGGGCCAAACCAGUUUUUUACGUAAAACUGGUGCGUCUUCUCUUUUGGAACUGGAUAUAGGGCUACGGCCUAGUGAACUUAUAUUAAAUAUCAAUUUUAGAUGAAGUUAGUCUUGUACUAUAAUUUUUCACUAACUCCAUAACUCACUAAAAUGUUUUAUUAAAACUAAAACAUAAACAAUUUUAAAUUUUAAAAUUCCUAAUAUUUAAUAGCUUG